CUCUCUAUUUAUUUAUCGUUUCGCGUGUCGCGUCCCUCUCUCUCUCUCUCCGUCUCUCUCGUAUAUGUCGUCUCUAUCCCUCUGGUUGUGCCCUAGAAUCGUUCUCCGGUCUUAAUCCCUAGCUCCCAUCCCCGACUUUCCCUUCCCUUCCCUUCAAUCGGAGUUUUCUCAGGUGUCCCCCGCAUCUAGAUUGGGCAUUCGACUGUGGCAUUCUUGUGGCGAGGUCGCUUUUGUAUAGAGUUUACACAUCAACUUAUACGCAAAGAUCUAGUUGUAAUAUUGGGGCAAGGCAGAUAAUAUGAGAACAUAGAGUAAAAAAUGAAAGAUAACUGUUCAUCAAGCUGUGAAAUGAUUAAUAGAGAUUGGGUCAUGAAGCGGAAACGGAGAAAACUUCCAUGUGGUCCGGAUUUAUCUAAUAGCAAAGAAGAUACUUCGGUGACCGCAAAGUCUCUGAGAUUUACUUCUCCAGCUAAAUCGUCAAAGCGCAGACUUAGAGCUGAAGCAACACUUGAAAGGUCCUUUUCUAAAAAGAAAGGAAAUGAUGGGUACUACUUUGAAUGUGUGAUUUGCGACCUUGGUGGCGAUUUACUCUGCUGUGAUAGUUGUCCUCGGACCUAUCAUAUCGAUUGCCUCAAACCCCCUCUUAAGAAAAUCCCGAAUGGGAAGUGGAUAUGCCCGGAAUGCUCCCAGAAGAAUGAUGCACUCAAGCCUACCAAUUGCCUAGAUGCAAUUGCAAAGCGGACGAGGACCAAGACCGUCAAGAAAAAUUCACAAGCAGGAUUAAAGUCGUCUGGGUGUGAGAAAGCAUCCCCAACUUUUUCUAGUUCCGUUAUUUCAAGAGAACAAUCUUCAACGAAAGGAAAAUCUGUUUUGGCCGAGGGAAGCAAAUCCUUGGAAAAGGAAGUUGGCCCCUCCCUGAUGGAUGGGUGUUCUGCAGCUGAACUCGAUCUUACGUCCAAGGAUGGCCAAUCAGAUACAUCCUGUCAUAGAGUAGAUGAUCUAAGGAAAUCAGACCUAAUACCUGCGGAUCAUCCUUCUGAGAUGAAAUCAUCAUUGGCUACUGAUGAUCUUUCUGAAUCUAAACUUAAUACCAAUCCAGAGAGGAAUGGUGAAGCAUCUGAGGAGAAGCUCGAACUGGCUUGUAAUGAGAUUGCAGAAAACAAGAACGAUGUUUCGGUGGUGGAUGGAAAGAGCAAAGGGAAAAAGCGAAAGCAUCAAAGCAAUAACAAGGACAGUCUCAAGAAGUGCAAGACAGAUAACGGAAGGCGCACUGCUAACAUUUGCAAGACAAGUUUGCCCAAAAUGGGUGAUGUAAAUACAGGAUCUAGUAAAUCAUCCAAAAAGAAGAAAAUCAUAAACCGUCUGGUGUUAAGGUCUCUGUCCAAAGACCUAUCCAGUAUAGACACACAAGGGAAAGCUGAGAAGUGUCUCAAGGAGGAAAAUUGGGCAUCAUGUAAAACAGAAAAACCCUCGAGUUUCAUGGAUGACAAAAACUCUCUUCAGGUCGAUAGAGUUCUGGGAUGCCGUAUCCGGGGACAGAAUACAUUCUCUUGUUAUGGUGCUCUUUCAGAUGUUCGGUAUCCUGAUAAUUUACAAGGUAGUGAGGACCAGGAUAAGCAGCCAGAGGAAGGCUUCGCAGAAGAUGCUAAAGUAGACGAAAGAAUUGCUGAAAAUAGAAUGGACUUGUGUUCUGAGACAGGUGAAUAUUCCAUGGAUGAAGCAUGCACUAGAAAUGCUGAUUGUACAGAUGAAAAUAACAAGGAUUCACCUAUGGAGGAUAACGAUAUCGAUGAAUCUUCUGUAGUUUCUGGCAAUUUGAUUGAGGGGAAACAAAAGAUGCUUUCGGAGGACAAUGCUGAUGUAACUCUGAGUACACAUGAGGAGAAUGAAGAAAUAAAAGUUAGUGAAACACAUGUGACACUUAAAGAAGCACAUCAGGACAUGGGAGAAAAUGAUACAGUAUCUGAGGAAAAAGUUAAGGAGCCUAUUGCUGCGAAAACUUCAUGCCAUAGUGAAGAGGCCGUAUCUUAUGAGUUUCUAGUUAAGUGGAUGGGAAAAUCUCAUAUUCAUAACAAUUGGAUUUCUGAAUCAGACCUGAAAGUUCUCGCUAAAAGAAAGCUAGAGAAUUACAAAUCAAAGUAUGGAACCACCAUUAUAAAUAUCUGUGAGGACAGAUGGAAACAGCCUCAGCGUGUAAUUGCUCUGCGUGUUUCAAAAGAUGGUGAACGCGAAGCUUAUGUAAAAUGGACAGGACUUGCUUAUGAUGAAUGCACAUGGGAAAGCUUGGAGGAGCCUGUUCUUAAGAAGUCGUCCCAUUUAAUAGAUCUCUUUGAGCAGUUUGAGCAGAAAACAUUGGAAAAAGCUGUUGCCAAGGAUCAUUCGCCAAGAGAAAGGGGUGAGGGUCAGCAUAGCGAGAUUGCUACCCUUACAGAACAACCUGCGGAACUCAAAGGGGGUGCCUUGUUUCCUCAUCAACUCGAGGCCCUGAAUUGGUUGCGUAAAUGCUGGUAUAAAUCCAAAAAUGUGAUCCUUGCUGAUGAAAUGGGGCUCGGGAAAACUGUGUCUGCCUGUGCAUUUCUUUCGUCACUUUAUUUUGAAUUUAAAGUUGCAAGGCCUUGCUUAGUUUUGGUUCCGCUAUCAACAAUGCCAAACUGGCUUUCAGAGUUUUCUCUUUGGGCACCGUUCCUAAAUGUUGUGGAGUAUCAUGGUGGGGCAAAAGCAAGAGCCAUAAUUCGUGAAUAUGAGUGGCAGUCCAAGGAUUCUAAGGGGGCAAAUAAGAGAACAAGUUCCUACAAAUUUAAUGUCCUCUUAACUACUUAUGAAAUGGUUCUAGCUGAUUCAUCUCAUCUCCGUGGAGUUCCAUGGGAAGUCCUUCUUGUUGAUGAAGGGCAUCGUCUAAAGAAUUCAGAAAGUAAGCUGUUUAGCUUGCUCAAUACAUUUUCCUUCGAGCAUCGCGUGCUUUUGACAGGAACGCCUCUUCAGAACAACAUUGGUGAGAUGUAUAAUCUUCUCAACUUCUUGCAACCAUCAUCAUUUCCUUCUUUAUCUUCUUUUGAAGAAAAGUUUCAUGAUCUAACAACUGCUCAGAAAGUAGAGGAACUGAAGAAACUUGUUGCUCCACAUAUGCUUCGGCGGCUUAAAAAAGAUGCCAUGCAAAAUAUUCCACCAAAGACAGAGAGGAUGGUGCCGGUUGAGUUGACUUCAAUCCAGGCUGAAUAUUAUCGUGCAAUGCUAACUAAGAACUAUCAGAUACUACGGAAUAUUGGAAAGGGGGUGGCUCAGCAAUCAAUGCUGAACAUUGUGAUGCAGUUGAGGAAGGUGUGCAAUCACCCAUAUCUCAUACCAGGCACUGAGCCAGAAUCUGGAUCAAUGGAGUUUCUUCAUGAGAUGAGGAUAAAAGCUUCAGCUAAGUUGACUCUGUUGCAUUCCAUGCUUAAGGAGCUACGGAACGAAGGGCAUAGAGUUCUGAUAUUCUCACAGAUGACAAAGCUUCUUGACAUUCUGGAAGAUUACAUGAAUGUAGAGUUCGGCCCUAAAACAUAUGAAAGAGUGGAUGGUUCUGUUUCUGUAGCUGAUCGCCAGAUUGCCAUAGCCCGUUUUAACCAAGACAAAAGUCGGUUUGUUUUUCUGUUAUCCACACGCGCCUGUGGUCUUGGUAUCAAUUUGGCAACAGCUGAUACUGUCAUUAUCUAUGAUUCUGAUUUCAACCCUCAUGCUGAUAUCCAAGCUAUGAAUAGAGCUCAUCGAAUUGGGCAAUCGAAGCGCCUUUUGGUUUAUAGGCUUGUUGUGCGUGCCAGUGUGGAAGAGCGCAUUCUACAGCUGGCAAAGAAGAAGUUGAUGCUGGAUCAGCUUUUUGUAAACAAGUCUGGAUCACAAAAGGAAGUUGAAGAUAUUCUACGCUGGGGAACUGAAGAGCUUUUCAACAAUCCUCUGAGUGAGCAUAAGAAAGAUACAUGUGAAAGUAACGGAGAAGUGGGCGUCAUAAUAGAUUUAGAAGGCAAGAACAGGAAAAAGGGUGGUGGCUUGGGAGAUGUUUACCAGGACAAAUGUACAGAUGGUACUGGGAGGAUAGUGUGGGAUGAAAAUGCAAUUAUGAAGUUGCUUGACCGGUCAAACCUUCAAUCAGGUUCCAGUGACAGCGCUGAUACAGAUUUGGAGAAUGAUAUGCUUGGCUCAGUAAAGCCAGUGGAAUGGAUUGAGGAAGCAGCUGAAGAGCAAGGUGGAGCUGAAUCACCUGCACUUAUGACUGAUGACACUGGUGCACAGAGUUCAGAGAGGAAAGAGGAUGAUAUGGUGAAUGUUACUGAAGAAAAUGAAUGGGACAGGCUUCUGCGUGUAAGAUGGGAGAAGUAUCAAAGCGAGGAAGAAGCAGCACUUGGCAGAGGGAAGCGCCUGAGAAAAGCUGUUUCUUAUAGAGAAGCGUAUGCCCCUCAUCCCGUUCAAGCAUUGAGCGAGAGCGGCGGUGAAGAAGAGAAAGAGCCAGAACCAGGGCCCAAGAAGGAGUACACACCUGCCGGACGAGCUCUGAAAGAAAAGUUUGCUAGGCUGCGAGCAAGGCAAAAGAAGCGGCUAUCUGAAAGGAAUGCGAUUGAAGAGUCUUUUCCUAGCAGCACAUUGCAGGGACCCGAGUUACAUCCUGAAGCAGCUAAACAAGUCCAAGAAAAUUCUCACAUGAUUGACUUGGAAGAUGGCGAAGCUGCUCAACAAACUGAUGCACUAAAAAGAACACCUACCUCAAACCCAAGUCUAGACAAUCUGAUCAAUCUCAAAAUUGACAGUUCUUCAGACCAUACUCCAGAUUAUCACGAUUUAGUCUAUCCACCCAACAAUCUCCCAGUUCUGGGACUGUGUGCUCCUAAUUUCAAUCAACCUGAAUUCCAAAGGAGAAUUUAUUCAAGGUCAAGUGGCAGAAAGAGCAGAACGCUGAGAGGACCGGAGUUCCCUUUCAGUUUGCCCCCAAUCUCGGAGCGGUCACUCUCAGUUGAUAGAGAACUUAAUGAGCAGGAUCCCACCUUGGGUAGAUUGAAGCCGCACGACAUGCAAGAGGAAGCUCCUCAGCAGCCACCUGGAAACAAUAAUCUGUAUGAUUGGCUUCCACUUCGUCCGUUCCCUCUAGUUCCUCUGCCAGGGGAUUCUGAUCGUCUGCAAAGUUCUGGUGCUGAUUUUGCUGAUUUCCAGGAGAAAUUUCCGUUUCCUUACCUACCUUUUGAAGGCAAACUACUUCCUCGAUUUCCAUUUCCACAUGAUCCCAAAACCAUGGGAACUUCUCAGCAAGAUUUGUUACCCAACCUUUCACUGGGGAAUAGAUUUGAAGGUGUUGGAAACUCAAUGCAAGACAUGCCAGCCAUACCACCGAUGCCGUUCCUACCCAAUUUGAAAAUCCCGCCAUUGGAUCCACCAGUCUUCAACCAGCAAAAGAAAGAGUUCCCUCCUUUGGGAUUGGAUCAGUUGCCUUCAGUACUUUCGUCUAUUCCGGAUAACCACAGGAAGGUUCUGGAGAAUAUAAUGUUGAGAACAGGCUCUGCGGUUGGUCACUUUCAGAAGAAGAAAACAAGAGUAGAUGCAUGGUCUGAGGAUGAACUCGAUUCUCUCUGGAUCGGGGUUCGCAGACAUGGGUAUGGAAAUUGGGAGAUUAUGCUGAGAGACCAAAGAUUAAAAUUCUCAAAAUUUAAAACACCCGAGUACCUAGCAGCAAGGUGGGAGGAAGAGCAGCGUAAAUUUUUGGAUAAUCUUUCUUCUCUGCCUUCAAAAUCGAGCAAGCCAGCAAAAUCUACCAGAUCUUCAUUGUUUCCUGGUAUUCCGGAGGGUAUGAUGUCUCGGGCCUUACAUGGAGCAAAGUUCGUUAAUCCUCCAAGGUUCCACUCCCAUUUGACUGACAUGAAACUCGGAUUAAGUGAUCUAGCUUCCACCCUUCCCUUAUAUGAGCCAUCAGAUCAUUUGGGGUUGCGAGGUGAGCCUUUUCCCCCUAUGAUGCUGCGAUCUGAGAGUCUUGCUGGAGAUUCUUCUGCUGGGCCAUCUGAAAGACCAGGACCAUCGGUAAAUAUUCCCAACGAGAGGGGGUUCCCGCUCAACUCUCUUGGGAUCGGCAAUUUAGGCUCCCUAGGCUUGAAUAGUUUAAGCUCUUUCAGCGCACAAAGAACAGAAGAACGAGAUGCCAUUAAGCGUGGAAAACUGCCAUGUUUUCUAGAUAGGCCAUUACCUCCAAUGCCUGACUCCAGCAGUCAUAUGUUCCUGGGGAAAUCUGCCAGCCCAGGGUUUUUGCCUGAUCAAAAUCCAGUGUUGAAUCUCUCCGUUCUGAAGGGGAAAGACGUUGGAAGUAGCUCGUCAGAGAAUAAGUUACCUCAUUGGCUGCGAGAUGCUGUAAGUGCCCCUCUUAAGUCACCAGAACCCAGUCUACCUCCAUCAGUGUCAGCAAUAGCUCAAUCAGUCCGUGUCCUAUAUGGUAAAGAUUCUACCACCAUCCCACCCUUCGUGAUACCAGAGCCUCCUCCCUCUGCCCCCAAGGACCCGAGACAUAGUUUACGGAAGGAAAAGAAACGUAGAUCAUCACAUGGGCCGGCUCAGAUGCCUAAAGAUAUUGCCAGUAGCAGCCGCAAUGUGCAAAGUGGAUCUCUUGGCAAUCCCUCAUCUUCCUCUGUUCCUUUGGCUCAGCUAUCUCAGUCACUUGACGGUACUUCAGGGUCUGCUCAGCCUGACUUACCUCCUCCCUGCCUGAACAAUGCGGAAUCAUCUUCCUCUUUGGUAAACAUAUCACCAUUGGUUGAAGCUGUUCCCUUAUUAGCAUCAUCACUAGUGCCAAGAGCGAGUUUCCAAGCAGCUACUGGCAUGACAGGCUCAAGCUCACCAGAGAUCAAAAGGUUAGUUCCAGAAUCUACCAACCAACAUGGACCUGCAGACCCAGAAGAUGGUGAGAAGAGCGAGCCCGGGAAACAACUGCUUCCUUCUGAUGAUCUUCUGAAAGAGAGGCAAGAGGAACGAGUUUCGGAGGACGAGUUGAAGGAGAUACUUCCUGAGCCCACAAAGGUUGAACAGCUAGACGUGGAGGAAGAAGAACGUGUGAAAACAAAUGAAGAAAUGUCAUCUGAGGGGACUGUCUCUGACAACCAUCCAAGUGAAGAGUGAAGCUUUAAGAUCAAACCACAUUGAAAAUCCCAGCAUUGUUUUUGUUCUGUUCAUGAUUCGGGUCUGAUUUCCGGGAACAAAAACCGUGUUUAUGUUAGACGUUUUGUAGGUAUAAAUGGUGCAAAUGGGUGAAGAAGCAGUACAUGUAUUAGAAGAAGAGCAGUAUAACUUUUAUUUUCUUGUUUUUUUGGGUGUAAAGUUUGUGCAAGAGAAUGAAGUUACCGAAGUCUUUUACAUA